AUGGUUGACAAAGAAAAAAAUGAAAUAAUUAGUUUUCUAUCAAAAGCACCAUCAAAUUUAACUGUUGAUGAUCUGGAUGAUUUUUGUUCAUUAGCUAAUCAUUAUGCAUCAAAUACACCGCAAUCAUUUCGCAAAGAAUUCUAUUCAUGCUUAUUCAGCGAAACAGAUCGAUCAUUUUCUCAAAAAGCUUAUUCCAUUUAUCAAGCAUUAUGUUUACCUGUUUUCGUUCAAGAAUUACUUCAAGCAAAUCAAUUAGGCGGAACGGCAGGUGUCAGAUAUUUUAUUGUUGAUUGUCGACCAGCUGAACAAUAUAAUUCUAAACAUCUUUAUACAGCAUUUCAUCUUGAUGCAAAUCUUUUACUCGAAGAUCCAAAAGAAUUUGCUGGAACUGUAGAUGCUCUUUUUGCUACACAAAGACAUGCAAUUGAUGCUGGUUCAGCAGCAGCUGGUGAACAUCUAUGUUUUAUAGGUUCAGGUCAUGAAGAAGAAGAUAAAUAUGUACGUAUGGUUGUGGCUUACUUUUUACGACGAAAUACAAAAUAUGUUAGUAUUGCUUCCGGUGGUUAUGAAAUUCUUGCUAAAGCUAUCGAAGAUCCAUCAAUGUUAAUUCAACCCCAACAAAGUAAAAUCUCAACAGCAGUACAAGACUCACUAUCUCUUGGAUCAACACUUAAACAUAAUAUUGUAGAAAAAUUACCUGUAAUUAAUACACAAACAACUUCAUUAAUCAAUAUGAUAUCCAGUGCAGUUAAAACAAAAUCUAUUGAAGUAAAAGAUAAAGUUAAAGAUUAUAUAACUCAUACAUCAUCAGCUGAUUCAUCUAAUUCAAUACCUAAACAUGUAAGUAAGCAAGAUAAAGUUAGUAAACUUUACCGACAAAAUCAACCAUCAGUUUUUUCACUCGAUGAAGAAGAAGACGAUGAUGGAACAACUUCAUCUUCUCGACAACAUGGAACAUCUGAACUUGUUGAUAUUGAAUCAUGGUUUCUACGUAGCGAUCUCUUGUAUAAAUAUGAAUGCGAACAUUUCGAUGAAAACGAUAAAACACAUCCAAGUCUUUUAUUAGUAUCAUCAACACAUUUAUAUAUAUUACGAAAAUUACUUGAACAUAAAACAAUGGCAAAUCUUGUUGCACGUCGUCCAUUGAAUAUAAUAUCAAAAAUAACAAGUAAAAAAAAUUUUCCUGAAAUCAUAACAUUUCGUUAUGCAGCAAACCAAAUUGAAGAAGAAGAACAAGAAAAAGCUGUUAAAUCGAAUAUGAAAAAUAAUAAAACAAAAAUUCCAAUUGAUUGUGAUAAAGUUUAUAUACCUGAUGCAGGUGAUGCUAUAAAAAAUAUCAAAAUAUUAAUUAUGAAAGCAUUAAAUUUAUUUGAAAUCUCGAAUGAAAAUUGCUAA